AUGUCUCCAUCAGACUUCCUGGACAAACUAAUGGGAAAGACAUCAGGAUACGACGCAAGAAUUAGACCCAACUUUAAAGGCCCUCCUGUCAAUGUCACCUGCAACAUAUUUAUCAACAGCUUUGGCUCGAUUGCAGAGACAACCAUGGAUUAUCGCCUGAACAUUUUCCUGCGUCAGCAGUGGAACGACCCUCGGCUGGCUUACAGCGAGUACCCUGAUGACUCUCUAGACUUGGACCCAUCUAUGCUGGAUUCAAUUUGGAAGCCAGAUUUAUUCUUUGCCAAUGAGAAAGGAGCCAACUUCCAUGAGGUGACAACAGACAACAAGUUAUUGAGGAUUUUUAAAAAUGGCAUUGUCCUUUAUUCAAUAAGAUUGACUUUAAUUCUUUCCUGUCCAAUGGAUCUAAAAAAUUUCCCGAUGGACGUUCAAACCUGCAUAAUGCAGUUGGAGAGCUUUGGUUACACAAUGAAUGACCUGAUCUUUGAAUGGCAAGAGAAUGGGCCAGUGCAGGUUGCCGAAGGACUCACCUUGCCACAGUUUCUCCUAAAAGAAGAGAAAGAUUUACGAUACUGCACAAAGCAUUACAAUACAGGAAAAUUCACAUGUAUUGAAGUGCGAUUCCAUCUUGAGAGACAGAUGGGUUAUUAUCUCAUUCAGAUGUACAUUCCCAGUCUUCUGAUCGUCAUUCUCUCCUGGGUGUCCUUUUGGAUAAAUAUGGAUGCAGCCCCUGCAAGAGUAGCCUUGGGUAUUACCACAGUUCUCACAAUGACCACACAAAGCUCUGGGUCUCGAGCUUCUCUCCCAAAGGUGUCCUACGUCAAGGCGAUUGAUAUCUGGAUGGCGGUGUGCCUGCUGUUUGUGUUUUCUGCCCUUCUGGAAUAUGCAGCUGUUAAUUUUGUGUCAAGGCAGCACAAAGAGCUACUCCGUCUUCAGAGGAGGAAACGGAAGCAAAGUACGGAGGAUGAUGAAGUGAGGGAAAGUCGCUUUAGCUUCACUGCAUACGGGGUGGGACCUUGCCUCCAAUCAAAAGAUGGAGUCACUCCGAAAGGGUCAAUCAGCACAUCCCAACCUUCAGCAAAAGGCCAGGAAGAUAUGAGGAAACUCUUCAUUGACAGAGCAAAGAAGAUCGACACAGUGUCGCGAGCUGGUUUUCCGCUAGCCUUUUUAAUUUUCAAUAUUUUUUAUUGGGUCAUCUACAAGAUUCUCAGACACGAGGACAUCCACCAGCAGCAAUAGUCAGAGGUUUUGACAGACAGUUAUUUAAGCCCGGAAAGCAUCCAAGUGUGAUAAAGAGCUCAUUUCUUAGGCCAGGAAAAUUCUUCUUUAAUACAUUGAACAGUGAUAUUGGGUGAAACUAUGCAAAUCUAAAGAGGAACCUAAGUGAAUAAACGUAAAUGAGUCAUCCAGUUCUUUCUGCAUUUUCACAUCACGUGGAGUACUUGAGGAAGGGAUUGGUCAUGUGAGCUAAAAGUGAUAGGCAAAGUAAAACACAGACUAAAAUUAUGGUAAUAAUCCUUUCCUUUUUAUGUUUCUAUAUGACGGUUUCCAGUUUAGAGAAAGCAAUAAAAAUAUACUGCAGACACAUGAA